CGGCACUUGAACCACUAAACAACACCAUGAAGUCCUUCGAGGUUGGCUUUUGGCUGCUUAUCGUGCUAGCGACAGUCUGCGUUUGCUCUAGCGAGCCGCAACUCCGUGCUCGUCGGGACCUUCGCUACCGCCAGACGGGGGCCUACGCUUACCACUACCGAACGGAUCAGUUUGCCAGUGUGCAGAAGGUACCGGUUGUGCCGGUUGCUUCGGCCCACAUCCAGAACCAGCUGCUGCAUCAGGUGAGGGUGACAAGGCCGGCGCACGUGCUGCAAUUCCCUACGCGCCGUCCGAUGCAAGCCGUUGAUCAGCUGCACACGCGCGUCGUCAUUGGCGAGCAUCGUCGCCGGGGAACGGGUCCAAUUGUGCCGGUGGUGCCGGUAGUGCCCGUGGUUCCCGUGGUGCCUGCUGGAACGGUGGUAGCUCACUCUCAUACCGAGGUGUACCGAAAGUAUCGUUGA